AUGGAUAAAACCCAGGACGCUGGUCCUACGGGAUCGCAGGUUGUCCAUCAUGCAGAUCCGGUGCUGGAUCCAGACAAUCAACAUCACCAUGCUCAUCAACACCAUACAGCCUAUGCCGAAGAGGGACGUCCAGAUGAAGUGGUCUACUCUAAAGAUACCCAAUUCGAGAAAGGAAUCGUGGCUGAACAAACACCUCUGGACCACGGCAGCAAGAACUCUAACGACGAAGAAGCCGGCGAGACCUUCCCAGCCAAGCGCACCUGGUAUCGCCGUGUGCAAAAACAACGGAGGCAUAUAGUCCAUGCUGUGGUCUGGCUUCUGUUUACCGGCUGGUGGAUUGCCGGCCUGAUACUACACCGACAUGAUAUAGGAUGGCUCAUCCCAUUCCUGCUCUAUCUUGCUAUCACGCUGCGAAUCAUAUUCUUCUAUGUUCCCAUUAGUAUCGUGUCGAAGCCCAUGCACUGGGUCUGGGAUCAUACUGCGCCCCCUUUGGUGCGCAUGAUUCCCGAAAAGCUGAGAACAGCCAGUGCUGCCGCGCUAUGUAUCGGUGUGAUUCUUGUUGGCUCGUUUGUGUCUGAAGAAUCACACGAUAACACCCGCGCCAACCGUGCAGUCAGUCUGUUCGGAAUGAUAGUCUUCAUCUUCGGGCUAUGGCUCACAUCUCGAAACCGCAAGAAGAUCGUCUGGCACACUGUCAUUGUCGGCAUGCUGGCGCAAUUCAUAAUUGCUCUGUUCGUGCUCCGCACUACUGCAGGAUACGACAUCUUCAACUUCAUCUCAGGCCUAGCCACUGAUCUGCUUGGUUUUGCUGCCGACGGAGUCAUCUUCUUGACCAGCGAGGACUUCUACUACUUUGACAAGGGCUUUGCCCCAGGGAAAUUCUUCAUCGUCAGCGUCGUCUCCGCCAUCAUCUUCUUCGUCUCCUUCGUCCAACUCUUGUACUACUACAAUGUCUUGCAGUGGUUCAUUGGCAAAUUCGCCGUCUUCUUCUUCUGGAGCAUGCGCGUUUCCGGUGCCGAGGCCGUUGUCGCUGCCGCAUCCCCAUUCAUCGGCCAGGGCGAAUCAGCUAUGCUGAUCCGCCCCUUCAUCGCCCACCUUACCAUGGCCGAGAUGCACCAAGUCAUGUGCUCCGGCUUCGCUACCAUCGCCGGAAGUGUCCUGAUCGCCUACAUCGGCAUCGGUGUCAACCCACAGGCAAUGGUCAGCGCCUGCGUCAUGAGUAUUCCCGCUUCGCUAGCAGUCUCGAAGAUACGUUGGCCCGAGGAGGAAGAAACACUCACUGCAGGUCGUGUCGUCGUCCCCGAUGACGAGGAACACCGCGCCGCCAAUGCCCUCCAUGCAUUCACCGGUGGCACCUGGCUCGGUCUGAAGAUUGCUGCCAUGAUCACCUCAACCCUCCUGUGCAUCAUCGCUCUCAUCGGUCUAGUCAACGGCCUCCUCACUUGGUGGGGCCGAUACCUGAACAUCAAUGACCCCCCUCUGACUCUCGAGCUGAUCGUCGGAUACAUCUGCUACCCGAUUGCCUUCCUGCUCGGUGUCUCCCGUGACAAGGACCUGCUCAAGGUUGGCCAGCUGAUUGGUACCAAGCUCGUUACCAAUGAAUUUGUCGCCUAUGAGGCUCUCCAAAAUCACGCCCAGUACAAGGACCUCUCCGACCGCUCUCGCCUCAUCGUUACAUACGCACUCUGUGGGUUCGCUAAUAUCGGCUCCCUCGGUAACCAGAUCGGUGUCCUGUCACAGAUUGCGCCUGGUCGAGCUAGGGAUGUGUCUCGUGUUGCAUUCAGCGCUAUGGUUACUGGAGCCAUUAGUACUUUCACCAGUGCGGCGGUUGCCGGCUUGUUGAUUACCAAUGAGAAGCAGUACUUCGGUACCUCCACCUAG